AUGUGCUGGGUACAACACCAACGACAUACAUUGGCUGGUGCCAAACUUUGCACUCAAUGGCGUACGACACCGUUGCCUAUGGAUGUCAUGCCAUCCGACAUGCAGAUAGCUUUGGAACUGCUGCCAAGUGUGAGAUUAGUCAGUGUAGAGCAUCUUUCAGCUGGUGCAUACAAGUACGAAUCGACUGUCACCUUCACGUCACAGGUUCCACAAACUAGCCCGACGUCUCCACUUCUUACAGUAAACGAUCGACUAUUGACUCCGAACGGUGCUGGAGCUGAUCUCUUUUUAAGCGCUAAAAAAACAUCAGUUGAUCAUGGUCUUUAUAACUACAGCAUCUGUCACCUCGACACUGGCAGAAAAUAUUUUGUGCGGGUGGCUGGAAUCAAUGACCGUGGAGCUGCUCGUCCGCUCUCGCCUCAGCGUUUAGAGUUCUCGUUUGAUCAAAUGCGGGCUUCUGGAGGACUUGAUGUCGACGGUUACCGUAUCGAGGCUGAACUCAAUUCGCAAUUCACCACGCCAUCUAUUAAUACACGAUUAUUUCAUGGCAGAAUGACGCAUCAAGGAGACGCAUUAGCAUCAGCACAAGCGCUUGCAGCUGGAUCUGCCUCGCUUCACGACAUAUUCUCUAAUGGUGAAAGAGUGCGUAUUCAAAAUGAGCAAGUAACAGUUUGUCUCGACAGCAACGUGGCGUGGCAGCUUUAUAAAACUGAUACGGGGCUCACAGUUGCUGGAUACACAGGGACAAUUAUCACGCUCUCGGCUCCACUAAGCUUAGCCCUUCAGUCUGUGGUGAAUUUAGGUACCCAGCUCACAGUUGGUAUAACUGCAGCAGGUCCAGCAGACCCGGCAGCCUGUCAGGCUGUUGUUACGCGUUGCUCCAAUCACUUGUUCUCGUACGAUACGAUAACGGCAACAAUUUCCUUGUCGACGUCUCUUGAUAAUCGUCUGGUGGAUGUCAUUGCGGCAAACACCUGGAUUUCCAAUGGAUCAACGCUCGAGAGUGCAGCGACGUGUCGUACCCAGUUGACGGCAGUAACAAUGACAACAUUGACGCUGGACCAUCAAUGUGUCGAAGCUGCAACCAAGUUGGGGACGGGAAAUCCAAACAUCUACGUACAUCGAGAACUGGCGUUGCUGCCGUUGUGCGAGCGGCAAGAUCUUUGGAAAGUAUUAAGUGCGUCAAGUAUUGCUUCGCUUCUUGCUAAUCUCGAUGCGUCAGGAGGACGCGAGCCAUUGCCAGUUUUUCGUAUUGCAGAGAUGAAGCUGAUGAAGGAGGUGACAAUAAAUUGCGGUGACUAUAUUCGUCUGGGCGGAGCAUAUAAUGAUAGACAAGACGACGAAGCCCUUGAAGCAUUGGCGACGUCUCGCAUACGUGGCAAGUGUGACACAAACGGAUGCGAUUGUGUGCGGUUCGCAACAGCUCGUCUACAGCUUGGACGUUUGAAAGAUUCGACGGUUGCGGUCAGUCUAGUACCAAGACUUGAUCUUCUCCAUGGAGGAUUCACGCGCGACAUUCAGCGAAUCGUUUUGACAGUCACGGGUCCCAGUGUAACCUAUAAUGUUGGAGGAUAUCGAGCUCAGUUUGGUAACGAAAUAAGCUCCUGUGUUCUAGGCACAGGUGGCAACGGAGGUGCUUUCUUAAAUGAUGAUGUUGGGUGCUUAGUGUGGGCAUCUGGUCCACUUGCAAGUGACGCAGCUCGAGAUAAGCUACCAUCAGAACGAGAACUCGAAAACUUUGCUGGAAUCGACGAAGUCCGUGUGAAACGUGCUAUCACUGAGACGUCAGGAGCUCGUGUGACGGUCGAAGACAGUGGAAUUCACGGGGGUACAACCGUUUAUUGUGAUCAUGAUGGCUUUGUGACCAUUCAUCAAGCCCCCACAACUCCUGCCAUCUCGUUCGAUGCCAGUGACGCAGAUGUCAAGGCUGCGCUAGAGACCCUUAGAGCUGUAAGCAACGCUGACGUUUCGCGUCAAGUAAACAAACCCGGCUACGACUGGCGUAUUACGUUUGUUGAGUUUGCUGGGUCAGAAAAAUAUAUUCAGUCAAGUAACAUCAUCACCCGUUUCCAACGUCUUGAGCUUGCCACAAAUUUGCUGACAAGUGGCGGUGGUGUUCCGAUUUACACGCGCGUACCUGGUCCAGUGCGUCUAGCAACCACUGAUGUUUUGUCCCAGCUUCUUUUGCACGGUGCUAUUUCAACCGCAGAAAAACCGUGUGCAGUGGUACACGCAGUUGAGGCGGCAUCGCAGAGCGUGACAGAAGAUGUUGCUACAAUAACGGUCUCAGCUCCAAAGGCUGGACCUAACACAUUUCUCUCUGGUAUAUUCCGCGUAGGCUUUGACGGUCAAUGGAGCCCAGAGCUUCCGUACGAUAUCUUGGCUGCUAAUAUGCAAGCGGCACUCGUAGCUCUAUCUACAAUUGAUAAUGUCUUGGUAGCUCGUGAGUUGACGGCAGGCGGAUAUACGUGGCUCGUGACUUUUUUGCAGCGCAAAUACGGCGGUAACCAACACAAGCGCUGGUUAUCUCCGCUUGCAAUGCGCGCUCCGUUCGGUUAUAAGCUAGAGCAUCUUGCUACACUUGUGGUACUACGUGCUGCUGUUGAUACCACACCAGAGCUGCAGCAUCUCCUGUUUGGCUUUGAGAUAGGCUUGAUAUCAGGCAUAGCGAACGCAAAAGAUUUGGCGACAGCGGUUACGGCUUUAGGCGUUGCUGGAAGCGUGAACGUUCGUUUUCGAGACCCAGCGCAGACAACGGUUUGCUCUGCGAGUGCGACGACUAAAGGGCUGACAAUUGAGUUUGUGUCGGCACAAGGCCACAUGCCACCGUUUGUUGCUACGAGCACAACUGCUGUUGGCGUCACAUUCAGGGAAUAA